AUGAGAAUAAAGAAGAUUCCAGUGUUGUGGGGCUGUUUCCUCUUGUGGAAUCUCUACAUCUCAUCUUCUCAUGCUGUUUACCCUGGAAUCAAGGCAAGAAUUACCCAGCAGGCACUGGACUAUGGUGUUGAAGUUGGAAUGAAGGUGCUUGAGCAAAUGAUGAAGGAAAAGACCAUUCCAGAUAUCAUAGGUUCUGAGUCGCUUGAGUUUCUAAAGAUUGAUUAUGUGAACUACAAUUUUUCAAACAUAAAAGUCAAUGCUUUGUCAUUCCCUAAUACAUCAUUAGCCUUUGUGCCUGGAGUAGGACUCAAAGUGCUCACCAACCAUGGCACAGCCAACAUCAGCAACCAUUGGGAAGUCAAGUCUCCCCUUUUCUAUGAUACAGGGGAGUCUGAUCUGUAUCUCUCUGGAAUCUACUUUACUGGCAUCAUUGUCCUAACUCGAAAUGAAGUUGGUCACCCAGCCCUGAAGCUCACAGACUGCUACGCCCAAGUGAGCCACGCCCAUGUCUCAUUUGCGGGAGGGCUCAGUGUCCUAUAUAAUUCCUUUGCUGAGCCCAUGGAGAAACCCAUUUUAAGGAACUUAAAUGAAAUGCUCUGCCCCAUGAUUACCAAUGAGGUGGAGGCUUUCAAUGUCAACCUCAGUGCCCUGGAGGUUUUAAUCAAGAUUGACAACUAUACCCUGCUGGAUUGCUCCCUAGUCAGUUCCCCAGAAAUUUCUGAGCAUUACUUGGACCUCAAUUUGAAGGGUGUGUUCUACCCACUGGAAAACCUGGCUGAUCCCAACUUCUCACCUGUACCUUUUGUGCUCCCAGACCGAAGGGACUCCAUGCUCUACAUUGGAAUCUCUGAGUAUUUCUUUCGAUCAGCAUCUUUUGCUCAUUUCGUAGCUGGAGCUUUUGGUGCCACACUCUCUACCAAGGAGAUUUCCCACUAUUUUGUUCAAAACUCCCAAGGAUUUGGCAACUUCCUCUCCCGGAUUGCAGAGAUCUACAUCUUGUCCCAGCCCUUCAUGCUGGAGUUCAUGGCCACCGAACCUCCCACCGUCCACUUAGAGCCCAACAACUUCACGUUGGACAUCCCUGCCUCCAUCAUCAUGCUCACCCAAACUGAGAACUCCACUGUUGAACCCAUUGUCUCCAUGGACUUUGUUGCCAGUACCAGUGUGGGUCUGGCUAUCUUGGGACAAAAACUGAUCUGCUCCUUGUCUCUGAACAGAUUCCGCCUCUCUUUGCCAGAGUCCAAUCGCAGUGAUAUUAAGGUCUUGAGGUUCGAGAAUAUUCUGUCCUCCAUCCUUCACUUUGGAGUCCUCCCGCUGGCCAACACAAGACUACAGCAAGGUUUUCCUCUUCCCAACCCUUACAAUAUCUCGUUCAUCAAUUCAGAUAUUGAAGUUCUCGAGGAUUUCCUUUUGAUUUCCACCGACCUGAGACAUGAAACAUUCUCAAAGCAACAGCCAAGUUUCCAUAACUGGGGAGGUCUGAACCUCAUAAAUGGACCCUGGAGGGAGACGCCAACCCCUUGA